GGCUGGCUGCCUCUACAACCUCGCCUAAAUCCCACCCAUCGGAGACACCAACUUUUCUCUGCGGCAGAGCUCUCAUUCCCAAGGGCAUACUCCGCCGCCACCAACAACUCUCCAUGGCACUCCCUCGAACCCCAAAACCCACAGCCACACUUCUCUAAAGCUCUCUCUCUCUCUCUCUCUAGGCAUAGACGCAUGUGUAGCUUCUCUAAUGACCCUCUGUGUGCGAGCUUCAAAAGCUUUAGCCGCUACGACCAUCAUCACUGCUUCAAACCCUUUUACUCUCAAGGUACGCCUCCUCUUCCCCUUAGUUUCUUCUUUCCACAACUGCCCCGCUAGCACCAGCAUAGCUCCAAUCUCUGAGACCCAUUACAGAGACCUUAUCUUCAAUACCAUUGAAGAAAAGCCCUGGGCUUUUUGUAACAUUAGGUGGGUCUCUGAUCAAUUCCGAGCUGUUAUUGUUGACCCCGACUUGUUUAUCCGUGUCCUUAAUUCGAUCCGGAUUAAACCCAGAAUCGCUUUGCGGUUCUUCCGAUGGGCGGAGGGCCAACCAGACUUUCAGCAUUCCGAGUUUGCGUUUUGUGUGAUUCUUGAAAUCCUCGUCAAGAAUAAUUUGAUGAGGUCGGCGUAUUGGGUGGUGGAGAGGGUGAUUAGUGUAAAUAUGAAUGGAAUUUUGGAUGUUUUGGUUGAUGGGUAUGUUGGUCCCGAGGUUUUGGUAAAGCUUCUCGAUCUUUUGUUAUUGGUCUAUACUAAAAAAUCAAUGAUUGACCAAUGUUUGUUAGUUUUCAAUAAGAUGAUAAGAAAUGGGUUGUUGCCGGAUGUGAAAAAUUGUAAUAGAAUGCUUAGGAUAUUUAGGAAAAGAGACCUUGCAACUAAAGCUAGGGAGGUUUUUAGAAUGAUGGGUGAGUGUGGGAUUAAGCCGACAAUUGUUACUUAUAAUACUCUGUUGGAUUUGUACUGCAAGGAAGGGGAAGUACAGCAAGCGCUGGAGCUUUUAUCUGAGAUGCAAAGGAGGGGGUGUUUUCCGAAUGAUGUAACGUAUAAUGUGUUGAUUAAUGGGUUGUCAAAGAAAGGAGAGUUAGAGCAGGCCAAGGGGCUGAUUGGAGAGAUGUUGAAAACGGGAUUGAAAGUUUCAACAUACACGUAUAACCCAUUGAUUUGCGGGUACUGCAAGAAAGGAUUGCUUGUUGAGGCAUUAGGUCUUCAGGAAGAGAUGGUAAAUAGAGGAGCUAAGCCUACUGUGGCAACUUAUAAUACGUUAAUGUAUGGCCUUUGCAAGUUGGGAAGAAUGGCUGAUGCUAGACAGCGGUUUUCUGAUAUGCUUAAGAAGAAAGUGAUGCCAGAUGUAGUUUCAUACAACACUCUAAUAUAUGGGUAUUGUAGGUUUGGGAACAUUCGGGAGGCUUUUCUGUUGUUUGAUGAGUUAAAAUGUAGGAAUCUCGCUCCUACUGUUGUUACCUAUAAUUCUCUUAUAGAUGGCCUUUGCAGGUUGGGGGACUUGGAUGUUGCUCGGCAGCUCAAAAAAGAAAUGAUCAACCAAGGGAUUUGUGCUGAUGUUUUUACUUAUACGAUUCUAGUAAAUGGAUCUUGCAAGAGGGGUAAUUUGUCAAUGGCUAAGGAAUUCUUUGAUGACAUGUUGCAAGAAGGGUUGGAGCCAGACCGCUUUGCAUACACCACUAGGAUAGUGGGUGAACUGAAGCUUGGUGACACAUCCAGGGCGUUCAGCAUGCAAGAAGAAAUGCUAGCUAGGGGUUUCCCUCCUGAUUUGAUCACCUACAAUGUUUUUGUAAAUGGGCUCUUUAAGUUGGGCAAUUUGGAAGAAGCAAGUUACUUGUUGCAGAAAAUGGUUCAUGAUGGUCUUGUUCCUGAUCAUGUGACAUAUACUAGCAUCAUUCAUGCACAUUUGGAAAAUGGAGAUCUUACGAAAGCCAAAGAGGUAUUCUACGAGAUGCUGAGCAAGGGCCUAUUCCCUUCAGUUGUGACUUAUACAAUAUUGAUUCAUGCCCAUGCCAGUAAGGGGAGGCUUGAACUGGCAUUUGAAUAUUUAUCAGGGAUGCAGGAGAAGGGUAUUUCGCCAAAUGUGAUAACCUACAAUGUUCUGAUAAAUGGUCUUUGCAAAGUUAGGAGAAUGGAUCAGGCUUACAAAUUUUUUGUUGAGAUGGAAGAAAAAGGAAUACUUCCAAAUAAGUAUACAUACACUAUUUUAAUAAACGAGAACUGCAACAUGGGCAAUUGGCAGGAGGCUUUGAGAUUGUAUUUGCAGAUGCUAGAUAGAAAAAUUCAGCCUGAUUCUUAUACACACAGUGCACUUCUAAAACAACUAGACGAAGACUACAGAUUGCAGGCAGUGCAAUACCUUGAGAGUUUAAUUCUAGGGAGCAAAGACACUUCUGAGCUAAGGACUUGAUAUGGAUUCUGGCUCAACUCUGGUGAUUGGUGACAGAGCACCAUAUCUGUACUCCCAUCAAAACGAAAGUGGUUACAACAACCGUUGGUAAUUAUCCUUGGGAUGAUACUUCAAGAUGGAGCAGCUGAUGGAUAAAUUUGGUAAUUUGAAAAGUCAACUGUCGAAUACUAACUCAUUUUUGAUCCAUUGCUGAUUGCAACUGAGCAAUACUUAAAACCAUUCCUUGGAUCUGGAUCACUAAUUACAUAGUUCAGAGGCAUAAUUAUGCUUCAAAGAGUCAACAAGAGUUAUACAGAUAAAUUUCUCAACUGUAUCAAGUUGUUUCAAAUAAAUCUUGUCAUUAAUAAAUCUCUGACACAAUUAUAUUGUAUUUAUUCAUUCUUUCAAUAUUUUUUGGAGGAAAGGGUGGGAAGGUUGUGAUAUUGCCUUCAUCCUGUAUGAGUGAUUGUAAUUUUUUUAUUAUUUGUAAUCCACGUAAAGAUUUUGAUGCAUGGUACA